AUGGCGGAGAACACUAAGCUGAAGAAGGUGGAAGCGAGUACGCAGCCCUGUUUCACUCCGUUCGUCCCUGCGAAUGCUAGUCGAUUUGGAACUGACGUGCUAAAGGUUGACAUCGCUGCUCUCCGUGAAACUCGGUUUUCUGAACAAAGCCCACUGGAGGAUGUGGGUGCUGGCUACAACGUCUUCUGGAGCGGCAGUCCAAAAUCAGAACGACGCGACGCAGGCGUCGCCUUUGCCGUCUGGGACGACAUCGUUAAGCGGCUGUCCUGUCUGCCGCAGGGUAUCAACGAUUGCCUGAUGAGCCUCUGCCCGCCUCUCUAG